AACAUUGUUCGUCAUUCUCAGCACUGAACGAGAACGAAUAGCAGUUUGGUUCGUUUUUUCUCUUUUCUCUUCGGUAGAGACAUCAUUACACACCCAACACCGAAACAAGAGAAGAGACGAGCACUGUAAGGCAUAAGCAAGCACCACACCAAACCCCACCCCACCCUUUCUCUUCUCUUCUCUUCAACUGUAACUGCAAUUUAAUUAUUCAAUCUCUCAAUUCCAAUUCCUAGGGAUUUCAAUUCCCCCAAAUGGACGUUGAAGACGAAGAACCUUCCCCCAACGAAUCUCCUCCUUCACUCCAUCAACAACACUCCGAUGAACCUCCACUCCUCUCCACCAAUGCCGAGCCUGUGAUCGCCGGAGAGAAUAAUGACGAGGAGACCGCGGUUGCUGCUGAAGUGGUUGCCGCCGAUGCGAUGAUGGAUGAGGCGGCUGCUGCUGUGUCCGGUGAGGGUGGUGAAAUGCUAGUGGUGGACGCGGCGCGUGAUGGCUCUCCGUUGGAUGGGGCUGGCGUGGAGAUGGAAGAUGAAAUUGAGGAGGAUAAGGGGAAUGAAGGAACCGAUGUGGAUGUGGAUGAUUCCAUGGCUGUGGAGACUGGAAGGGUGGAAGAGGAAGCCAAUUUGGCUAUUGGGGAGGAGCAGGUCAGGGACGAGGAGGCUAUUGAAGCUGCUUUGAUGGAAGAAGAAGAAGAAGAACAGCUGGGAGGAGAAGGAGAAGAACAGCAACAAGGUGAAGAAGAAGAAGGAGAUGAAGUAGAGCCACAACAAGGAGAAGAAGAACAUCAACAAGAAGGAGAAGCAGAAGGAGACGAAGAAGAGCAGCAACUGGUAGAAGGAGAAGAAGAGGAACAGCUAGAAGAAGAUGGAGAAGAAGAAGAGCAGCAAGAAGGAGAAGAAGAAGAAGGAGACGAGGAAGAAGUACAAGAAGAAGAAGAAGAAGCUGGUGUUGAUGGUGGUGCUGCAGAGGCUACAGAGUUCACCGAGGUCGAGGAGAUUGAUGCGAUGGAGGAGCAGAGCGUGAGUGUUAGUGGUGGGAAGAGGAAGCGUGGGAGUGGGAAGAAUCCUAAGUCUACAGGAAGAGUUUCAUUGAAGAAAAAGAUGGAAGAGGACGUUUGUUUCAUUUGCUUCGAUGGGGGCGAGCUUGUGCUUUGUGACCGGAGGGGAUGCCCCAAGGCUUACCAUCCUUCAUGCAUUAAUCGUGAUGAGGCCUUCUUUCGAGCCAAGGGAAAAUGGAAUUGUGGUUGGCAUCUUUGCAGCAUCUGUGAGAAGAAUGCUUACUAUAUGUGCUAUACAUGUACAUUCUCUUUGUGCAAGGGUUGUAUCAAAGAUGCUGCUAUCCUAUGUGUUAGGGGGAACAAGGGCUUUUGUGAGACAUGCAUGAGAACUGUAACGUUGAUUGAACAGAAUGAGCAGGGGAACAACAUGGGACAAGUUGAUUUUGAUGACAAAAAUAGCUGGGAGUAUCUUUUCAAGGACUACUACAUUGAUCUAAAAGGAAAGCUUUCUUUAACUUAUGAUGAAGUCAUUCAAGCUAAAAACCCUUGGAAGGGAUCUGAUAUGCUCCUUUCUAAAGAGGAAUCACGAGAUGAACUUUUUGAUGCCAGUAAUGAUAGAGGGUCCGAUUCGGAUAGCUCCUAUGAGAAAGUAGAUUUGAGUCGUUCUAAAAAAAGAAAGGCCAAGAAAAAGGCGAAGUCCCGUUCCAAAGAAGGUAGUUCAUACAGUGCAGUAACAGUGCUUGGUGCUGACAGACCAUCUGCAGAUGAAAGCUUUGAGUGGGCUUCAAGGGAGCUUUUGGAGUUUGUUAUGCACAUGAGAGAUGGAGAUAUAUCUGUUCUGUCUCAGUUUGAUGUACAGGCUCUUUUGCUAGAGUAUAUUAAAAGAAAUAAGCUCAGAGAUCCUCGCCGAAAAAGUCAAAUCAUUUGUGAUGUAAGGCUUCAGAAUUUGUUUGGUAAACCAAGAGUUGGACAUUUUGAAAUGUUAAAGCUUCUUGAAUCCCAUUUCCUUCUAAAAGAGGAUUCUCAGGCUGAAGAUCUACAGGGGAGUGUUGUUGAUACAGAAGUUAGUCAUUUGGAAGGUGAUGGCAAUGUAGAUUCAUAUCUGAAAUCUGGAAAAGAUAAGAAACGUAGAAGUCGUAAAAAGGGUGAUGAGAGAGGACUUCAUUCUAAUAUUGAUGAUUAUGCAGCCAUUGAUAAUCAUAAUAUUAGUUUAAUUUAUCUAAGACGUAAUUUGGUGGAAGAUCUACUUGAAGAUACAGAAAAUUUUCAGGAUAAAGCUGUUGGUUCUUUUGUGAGAAUAAGAAUUUCUGGUAGUGCUCAGAAGCAAGACUUGUAUAGGCUGGUUCAGGUUGUAGGUACAUGCAAAGCACCAGAGCCAUAUAAAGUUGGCAAAAGGAUGACAGAUAUCAUGCUAGAAAUCUUAAAUUUAAACAAGACAGAGAUUGUAUCUAUCGAUAUUAUCUCAAAUCAGGAGUUCACAGAGGAUGAAUGCAAGCGUCUCCGUCAAAGCAUAAAGUGCGGGCUCAUAAGUCGGCUGACUGUGGGUGACAUUCAGGAUAAAGCAUUGACACUUCAGGCAGUUAGAGUAAAAGAUUGGCUAGAAACAGAGACAGUGCGGUUAAGUCAUCUUCGUGAUAGAGCUAGUGAGAAAGGGCGCAGAAAAGAGCUCAGAGAAUGUGUCGAGAAAUUGCAGCUUCUGAAAACACCUGAAGAACGACAACGUAGAUUGGAGGAAAUUCCAGAAAUACACGUGGAUCCAAAAAUGGAUCCAAGUUAUGAGUCUGAAGAAGAUGAAGAUGAAAUGGAGGAUAAAAGACAAGAUAACUAUAUGAAACCUAGAGGGUCUGCAUUUGGAAGGAGGGGGAGAGAAAUUGCUUCUCCUAGAAGUGGUUCAAGUGAUUCUUGGAGUGGAACGAGGAGUUAUUCUAAUGUGAAUCAGGAACUGAGCAGAAAUUUGUCUAGUAAGGGGUUUUCAAUCAAAGGUGAUGAUGCUUCUAUUGCUAGUGAGGCACUAAAUGAUGCUCAAUUGCACCAGGGAAGAGAUAGGGAAUCACAGCUCUCUAGUAGUUGGGAGAGGCAAAAACAAUCUUCAAGCUUCGAGAGUGGUGCUAAAAACACCCAGCCAUUGGUAACAUCUGAAUCUUUUUCUACUGCUUUGUUAGAAGCUUCUGCAGCACCAUCUUCCACCGGAACAGCUCCCCCAGAUGUGAAAAUUAAUGAAACUGAAAAGAUGUGGCAUUAUCAGGAUCCAUCUGGAAAAGUUCAAGGACCGUUUUCCAUUGUGCAGCUUCGCAAAUGGAAUAACACUGGGUACUUCCCAGCUGAUUUGAAGAUUUGGAAAGCCGCUGAGAAACAAGACGAAUCUAUACUCUUAAAAGAUGCCUUAGCAGGGAAGUUUUCAAAGGAACCAUCAAUGGUGAACAAAACUCCUCCUAUGGCUCAAGCAGUGCAUGAUUUACAUUACUCAGCCUCAUACUCUGGGAAGUCUCAUUUGGCAGCACAAAAUAGUACUCUAGGUUCUUUGGCAAGUAGAACUUCUCAAUUGGCAGUUGAGGUCCCCAUGAAUCCUGGAAAUGGUUGGGGUUCUGAUGCCGGUGUUAGAAAUGAAUCAACCAAUCUUCCUUCGCCUACUCCCCAGACUACUCCAGGUGGGACUAAGGGGCAGGCUUUUGAAAAUCAAUGGUCACCAACACCUGUCCAGUUGGCCGGGUCUCUCUCAGGAAAUUCAUUUUCAGGUGGUCGUGAAGGUGUGCAAGCCUCCAUGGUAAUGCUUCCACAGAAGAUUGCCCAAAAUGCAGAAAAUGGUUCAAGUUCACAACCUGGUAUGACUUCAAUUUCUAAAUCAGAACAGGGGAUGUUAAGCUCUACAGGUACAACUCAAGUACAUCCUCAGGCAACAGCGGUGGCUCAUGUUCUGCCUGCAGGUGCAAAUAUGCAAAACCAGGUUAUGAGUAGCCAUAACUCUCAUGCUCAAGCUCAAGCUCAAGCUCAAGGGUGGGGUUCUGCGUUAGUUCCAAAGCCAGAACAACAGGCCUGGGGUAGUGCUCCAUCUCAAAUGGUAGAACCAAAUAAUUCUACUACCAUGCCUGUCCAACCAGCUUCUCAUGGCCCUUGGGGUGAUGUUUCAUCUUUCCAGAACUCUGCCUCAUUUACCUCAGGAAAUCCAGCUGGGAAUUUACCCAUGCCUGGCUUCCCGGGUAUGACCACACCUGAGCCUUGGAGACCACCAACUUCAAGUAGUCAACCAAACAUUGCAGCGGCAGCAGCACCACCAAAUAUACCUUGGGGCAUGGGCAUGCCAGGAAAUCAGAAUACUGGCUGGGGUGGGGCUCUACCUGGCAAUAUGAACGUAAACUGGACGAUGCCUGCACAAGUGCCAGUGCCUGGAAAUGCAAAUCCAGGAUGGGCUGUUCCUACUCAAGGGCAACCUCCAGUUAAUGCAGCUGGCUGGGUUGCUCCUGGUCAAGGACUUCCACAUGUAAAUGCAAAUGCAGGUUGGGUUGUGCCUGGUCAAGGGCUUGCACCUGGAAGUGCCAAUCCUGGUUGGGGUGCAUCAGCUGGUAAUCCAGGCAUCCCCAACCAAGGUGAUCGUGGUGUCCAUGGUGGAGAUUCUGGCUAUGGAGGUAAAUCUUGGAACAGGCAGUCAUCAUUUGGCGGCGGCGGAGGUAGAGGAGGGGGUUCUUCCAGGCCUCCUGGCGGGGGACAAAGAGGAGUCUGCAGGUUUCAUGAGAGUGGACGUUGCAAGAAAGGGGCUUCCUGUUAUUAUAUACACAAUUAAGAGUUGUAGGGCCAAGUAGUUGCAGGGAAACAUCUCUUACUGUACAGUAUUUUCCCAUUGCAUGGCUUAACAUUUUACAAUGAUGCGUCAUGUGUGUAGAACUUGUGCAUUGUAGCAUCUCAGUUAUUUUUCUGGAUUAAUUACCUUUUUUUGGCCUUGUAUUCCUGAGUAACUUGGAGUUGACUUUCAGGGGAUUUAGUUACAGCCUUGCAGAAGUUGAGAAGACUUUAGAAUAAUAAUGGCGAAACAAAGUUGAGGUUA